AUAUAUAGCAAAAAAAUGAAUUUUUUAGUAAAUAUUAGUUGUUUAGCCAUCACUCUCAUCGUCAUCAUUGGCACCGGUGUCCUAGUGUCGGGUGAAGACAAAAAAUGUGACAUAACUGAAGAACAGGCCGAAAGUUGCGGCGUUAAAAUGCAAUUAUUGAAUGAAAACGUGACACUUCCCAAAACAGAUCAGGAAAUACUUGACAAAUGUGGCGAUAUUAACAAAGGGAUCGACUGUUUUCAAAAUUAUGCCAAAAACUGUUUGGAUAAUAUGUCGGCCCGUAUGAUGACAAUGAUUGCCCGUAACGGCAAAAAAUUGGCCGACAAAGUGUGCAAUAGUGAGGCCAGUCGUAAAGAGUUAAUACAACAUUUCAAUUGUUGGCCAACAGCUGAAGAUUUGCGUUCAAUUAAUAUCUGUUUUGACAAAUAUAUCGUCCAAAUGGAGAGUUUGGCCACCGUUUCAAAUGAAGAUCGUAUACCAAUAACCUGUUGUUCGUAUCAAAUGUUAAAGUCGUGUCUUAAGGAAAAAGGUUCACAAAAAUGCAAUAAACCAGAAUCGGUGGCCUAUAUCGACAAUAUGGCCACAGGAGUGACUGGUGAAUUGGUUAAGUUUGUUUGCGGCAAAUUCAAGACCAUUGAUGACUGUAAAACCAAAAUGAAUGGCGAUUCGUGGAAAAACCUACAGGAAAUGGUGGCCAGCGAUGACCCGGAGGUGAUUAAGUCAAAGAAAAAGUAUCCGACACCGUUUACAGCCAUGAGAGAGAUUAUUAAAAAAUUUAGAAAUUAA